AAGGUGUUAUAAUUAAUACUGAUUAAGAAUCUAUCUCCCCCACCAUCAUCACCAUGAUGUCUAGUUCAAAGAGUGUCAGUAGCAGUGGUAGUGAGGAUGACAAUGAAAUUAGAAGAGGGCCUUGGACUCUUGAAGAGGAUAAUCUUCUCACACAAUCCAUUGCUAACCAAGGCGAAGGACGUUGGAAUUUACUUGCUAAAUGUUCAGGAGUUUCAGAUGUUUUGUUUCUUAUGUCGGAUAUUGACUGCAAUAUUGGCGAUGCAUUCUUGGCCAGGACUUUCUCAUUGUUAAUAUAAGAUUGUGUGCCUUUUCAUUUUAGUUUUCACCAAUUUUUUAUGCUAAGUCGGGUUCUGUUUUAUGAAUCAGGAUUAAAGAGAACAGGAAAAAGCUGCAGAUUAAGGUGGCUGAAUUAUCUAAAGCCCGAUGUAAAGAGAGGAAAUUUAACACCACAGGAGCAGCUUUUGAUUCUUGAACUUCACUCAAAGUGGGGGAACAGGUGGUCAAAGAUUGCACAGAAUUUACCGGGCAGGACAGACAAUGAAAUCAAGAACUACUGGAGAACCAAGAUUCAGAAACAAGCAAGGCAUUUGAAAAUCGACACCGAUAGCAGAGAGUUUCAAGAACUAGUGAGGCGUUUUUGGAUUCCAAGAUUGCUUCAGAAAGCAAGAGAAUCAUCCUCUUCUUCAGCCAUGCCAAUCCAAAACCAAGCAACUAUGCCUGUUUCUCAGUAUUCACCAGCAGCAACAACACCACCACCUUGUGUGCACCCAACAUGUCCAAAUUAUUUGGAUCAACGACUUGAGCAACACAGCAAUGGUUCAUGCGUAUCCUUCUCUGAACCAAAAUUGCCUCAGUUAUUGGGAUACAACUCCAACCAUUUUGGUAACGGCUUGGAUACCGAUGAAUUUGGGACCUUCACAUAUGAUUAUGGCUACCAUGUAAAUAGCAAUGGCUAUGACAAUGAGACCCUCAACAUGGAAUACCCUGUUGAUGAUUGCCAAAUGGCAAGACACAAUUGGGUGAAUGAUUUUGCAUGUGACUUGUGGAACAUGGAUGAAUGCUGCCAAUUUAGUAACUUUAAAAAAUAACAUCUUUUUAGUUUAUUAUUAUUAUUUUGAAUGACCCAAAUACUAUUUCCAUAAAGGGUAUGUACUGUAUUAUUAGAUAAUUAAUUGUGGAUUACUAUUAGCUACCAAAGUAAAAUAGAAAUCUAUUGUUUUAUGGGUUUUGUUAA